AUGGAAGAUACUGUGGGCGGGCGGCGACGGACGGAGCUGGACGGGUUGUUGCGGUGGUCGGGACUGGGAGUCUGCCUUGUCGCCGUGCAGCUCUCUGCUGUUCUCGGUGCAACUGUCCCACAAAACACUCCCGACGGGCAGACUCCCGACACAGAAGAUCCUGGUGGCACGGGAGGUGAAAAUUCGGACGAUUCCCUCGCAACAACCGUCGGAUUUGUUGUUGUGCUGUUUGUCCUUGUGUUGGCAAUCCUCAUGACGGUCCUCCUCUGCGUCCGUCACGGGAUGUGCUCCUGCCAGAACAAGGGAGACACGCCUGCCAAGCAUCCUCCACUCACACCGUCUCACUCCUCGCGCGGCGGGGGAGGGGCCGGGAACGGCGGCGGAAGUCGGAGCAACCGGUCUCCCCUGGUCUCUACGUCCUCGUUGAGGAGCAGCCAGAGAGGAGGAGGAGGAGGACACAGCACACAGUCCCCAAACUCACACCAUCACCAUUCACACCAUCACCACCACUCCUCACAUCACCACUCGCACCACUCCAGUCCGAGACGACACAACGGCCACACCACCACCGGCGGCUCAUCGAUUGGCAAUGGGACAAACUCAGGGACCAGUCUCGCAGGCAGCUCCAGUUUCUCUCAGCACAUUCACCACCACAUGAGAUCAGCCUCAAUGGACCCUCCUCUUCCCAAUAACAUUUCUCCUUACCCCCGGAAUGCCUUUCCCUUACCAGCCGUGCAAGUCACCUGCGACUACGUACACCAAUGCUGGAGUGGGAUACCCCAUUAA